GCAAGGUUUGCAGUUUGCAACCUCCGUCAGACUGGGAAAUGGAUGGUCAGGCAAAAGAAGGCAACUAAUGAUACUACAUGAACGGCAACCAAAUUAGAGCUACACAGUUGAUGAGAAGUGGUGUUAACAUUAACAUUACAUUUUACACUUUUCCUUACGCUAAUCAGGUGACAAAUACGCAGUAGAACAUCAUAUCAGACUCUGAUCAUCAGAGUUAAUCGUAUAAUCUUUUGCUGGUGUUUUCCUGUUGUCUCUUCGCUUGGAAAGAAGAGCAAACAGCUCAAAAGCAGAACAAACCAAGCUGUGUAUACAUAACUAACACCCCAAACCCAAACCCAACAUUUACCUGAGCAGUUCCCUUGCUCUGUUUCAGUUCCUCUUCCUUACCCAUGAGCACAAAUGGAAUUUGUUCCAAGUGGCAGUGGCUUUUGCCGGAGACAGUAAAAUGCAUUUGAAGGAACACCUUAGAAUGGGGCUCUUUUGCUAACUGGAAGUUCUCAGUAGAAAAGCAACUCCCAACCCUAGCACGGAACCUGCGAGAACCUGCAUCAGUACCCCCCAUGUACACAAUUCUUCAGCACAUGAAUUCAUAGUGUGAUCUAGCCAUCAAGAGAACUGCAUUUUCUAGAAUAAACUAACGUCACUCUUUCUUUUUAGUUAAAACAUGAAAUUGACUAGGAGAGAACGAUGCAUAGAUGUGAUCUGAAGUCCAUGGAAUGAAACUUGGAGAAACUUUGAAAAGCAUUUAACAUCGACCAGUUCCCUGCUGAUACGAAACUGAGUGGUAGCCUUUGCAUUUACGCAAGAACUACGCCAGCAACAAACCUGGAUGGGAGUAUGGCCAAGUGAAUCCCGCAGAGGUCUACAAUUGGAGACGGGAUGUUCCGGAGGUAGCUCACAUACAAUUUGAUUUAAUAACUGCAACAACAUAUGUUCACGAGCAAGUAUGGAGAAAGGAUGUUAGAAGUUAGAACAACUUGGCAAGUAAAUAACAAGACCACUACUUUACUCCCAAUAAAAAUGCAGAACAGUAAAAUGGACCGCAUAAAACAACAUAGAAAGAUGAUUUAACAGCAGAAAAGUAGUCAUCAUUUAAGGAUCCAGUAUACUAAAAACUUGUUACCUCAAGAUAGUAUACAAGUAUUUCACCUAGUCCUGAAUGCCGUAAACCAACAGAAAAGUAUGGGAAAUCGAAAUCAGUGUGAAUACCAUGAACUCAAUAUGAAAUAAUAUGUUUAGCUUAUGUAUGUCUACACUUCCUCAGAUGCUUAAGCAUGACUAAACAAAUGAGUGCAGCAAGUCUACACUUUAUCAUAUAAUGUGUUUAUAUGAUUUUGCAAGAAAGUAUAGCAAAUUCGGCCAAGCAAAGCAACAAGUAUAAUAUCAUAAAAUGUAUUCCGGUGCAGCGCAAUUCACAUGUGCAAGACACGGAUCCUUGUAUUUCUAAGACAAAAGCUACAACCUUGUUUCCCUUUCCCUUCCCUACAAACUAUAACUCUCUUUUUAAAUCCCGAAUGAAGGGCGGGGGGGGGGGGGGGGGGGGGGGGGGGGGGGGGGGGGGUGGAUAAGCUUGAUGAUAGAUAUCCCUAACCAGAUACCAUGAUAUGAAAGUAAAUUAAUAUGCUCAGUUGCACACAACUGCCAUCAAACUCGCAUAUUCUUCUGAUUUUUGGUAAAACAGUAUGUCCAGAAACUUCAGAAAUUGAUCUCACCUCAGCCUGACGACCAGCAUGAAGUCUAACACCAGUAGCGUCAUACAUAACCUGCAAAACCAUUCAUCAAAAUAGUUACAGGAAGCUUUGCACCCAUAUAACAUCCUGGACACAACCGUACAAAUGGACAAGCAUGACCCCCCAAUCACUAAAAGACCACAAUGGCAGCUUAAUGUCUCUACUACAAACAAACACGUACUGGGAGGAAAAAUUGAAGAUUUAAACAAGGUAGCAAAUGUAGAACAGGAAACUAAGAUCUAGCAGUGACCUAUGCAUGCAAUGCAAUGCUGAUCAUGAGAUUUCACUCUACACCAGUGUAGCCUAUUAGCGUAGGAAUUAACUUGCCAUUGAAUAACACAAGCACCCUGAUUUGUACUACGAAGCCUCAUCUUCACAAGAACUUCAUCAACUUCAAUGUGUACAAGCAUUGAAACUUGGAAGAAUGAAGAAGACCUGGAUAAUGAGUACAUACAACACAAGCCAAAACCAGUGCGACAGCAAAAAUCGGGGCCCCAGUUCCUUCCUCCAGUGCAAUAGCCACAGCCAGCGCUGUCACCGUUGCUGAAUGUGAGGAGGGCAUUCCACCAGACCCAAGCAUCCUUCUAGAAUCCCAUCUUCUCUCCUUGAACCUUCAUGAUUUUUAGAGCAGAAGAGGAUUAAUCGAACACAUUCAACUUUUAUACAGCUGAGAAGCCAAUGCAACAUUCAUCAAUACCUCAAAUAACCAUAUAUCUCAAUGACUUGCAACAUGAAAGGGUUUUGAAUCCAGUGCAUUAUCCACAAUCAUCAAUGGGCAAAAGGAAGAUAGUGAAACAGUUUUCAAUUGCUUCUUCCUUACAACACUAAUCCUAACUCCUAGCAAGAAAGAUAUGCACGCUCUCAUUUCAAUAUGUGGAUUGCGUAGGAGCUAAACCCCACCAGCCCCAUAUUCACCGACCAAUUCUAAGAACUCCUAGCAAUCUGUAGUUCACUAUCCACCACUUCCUUUCAUCUAGGAACUCUCGUUAACUCAUCACCAUAUGGGUUAAAACUUAUAAGGGAAAAGCUUUCUUCCCUGAAGCUUCAUCUGCUUCCCCUCACCAAUUCACGCUGCUAAUAAAAACGAGAGCUUUGUACAUCGGCAGCAAAGAAUAGGAAAAGGGAUUUCCCAAAUUUCACUUAGAAGCUGAAAAAUACAAAUUGAUAGCACUAAGCUUUAUAGAAUACCAAUAGUAACCAGAAAGGAAAAGAAGAAAAAAAAACGGAAGAACGAAGAUAAAGGGGACAGAGAGUAGUACCAGACGGUGAAGGGCUUGAGAAACUGGGCGAUAGCUAAUGCGAGGAAGGCGGAGAUGAGAGGGAUGUUGGAAGGGAUAAUGGAAGGUUGCGGUGUGGCUGAUCGGAAUCUGGCCGAUGCAUCAGCCGCCGUGAUGACUUCGUUCAUUGCAGAGCGGCGUGGGAAGACAACGAAGGACGUUAGGGCAAGGGAACAGCCGAACAGGGGAGUUUUGAUGGUUGGGGAGAAGUUUGCGUCAGGGUUGGGGGCAUCCGACGGGGGCGGCGCUGCGGCGGCGGUGGUUGUGAUUCCGAUUCCAGUUCCAAUCCCAAUCCCGGUGACCACCUCUGUCUCUAGUCUCUUCGGUCGUCUCAACCCAACUGCGACGACACGGACACUCCAACGACAAUAAUGUCGUCCCUCUACGGCUCUACCAAUCAAUAGAGUUAUUCUGCCAACAUCUAAAGACUAACUCCAGGGUAAAAUACCUUCACUUAAAUAGUUAAAUUUGAGAAUUGAAAAAAACAUGUCACUUAAGUUUUAAUAGGGCCGGGUACCAUUAAAAUCUUCAAAAUGUGCAUCUGUUUAGUUUUCCGUCCAACCCAAACUUUUAAUUACUUUUUGGUACCCAAAACUUUAAAACAUCAAAAAUUAUAUUUCAACAAGUAUUAUCUCAUAUAAAAAUUAGAGAACCUUCUAAACAUAGUACUACUAGAAUGACUAAUGAAAUUUUUUCAAUAUA